AUGAAUUGGUGCGCACCUCGUGCUCAAGCGAUAUACGAACUUCGAUCAGCAGCCAGCCGCCAUAGAGAAAGAGCACACCGCGACUUCGAAGAGUUUAUUAGUAUUAUCAAGAACAUGUCUGACUACAACGAAGAGGCUGAUUGUUGCCCACUGUGUAUGGAGGAGCUGGACAUUACGGACCAGACAUUUAAUGCUUGUCCGUGCGGUUAUCAAGUCUGUCUUUGGUGCUGGCAUCAAAUCAAAAAUGAAUACAAUGGACUAUGCCCUGCCUGUCGUCAGCCUUAUGCAGAAAUCUCAAAGCAAAAGAACCCGCCGGACCGCGAUGAGGUGGUACGACGUACAAAACAGCGUAAACUAAAAGAAAAGACUGAGCGACGUUCAGCAGCACAGGCAAAGAAUGCGACAGUAAAUCGCAAAAGUCUGCAGAAUGUGCGUGUGAUGCAGCGGAACCUCGUCUACGUCAUUGGACUACCCGUUCAAUUUGCAGACGAAGAUAUUUUACGCUCGAAUGAAUGUUUUGGACAGUAUGGCAAGAUUGUAAAGGCUGUCGUGAACAAGAGUCACUUGAAUACGGACAGAGCGAACGCUACUGCUAGUGCUUAUAUCACAUUUGCCCAUAAAGAAGACGCAUUAUGCUGCAUUGUAGCAAUUGAUGGAUACUACCUUGAUGGAAGUUUACUACGGGCUUCAUUUGGCACAACCAAGUAUUGCAAUUUUUUUUUGCGCAAUAUGCAAUGCAAUAAUCCAGAGUGUCUUUAUCUACACGAAUUAGGCGACGACGACGAUAGUUUUACAAAAGAAGAGAUGCAGACGGCUUUACAUUCUGGAAAGGCAGCGUUUCGAGAUUUGUCGAUGGCUAAUGGACAGAUUCAGGAACGAGAAGGUACACGAUUUCCACCACCACAUCGACCGAGUCGAAGUACUAGUAGAACAGGGUCUGCAAGUAGAAACGCAGCAUUGAUUCGAUCACACAGCGAAGAUCCGUAUGGAGAUUCUCAGCGACAUGCACAGAGCGCAGCUGCAAUCUCGAAACUUCGGCAGAAAGCAGGAGAUAGUAGUAGUUCUGGCUCUUCGUCACCGGAUCAUACGGAAGGCACACAUAACACAGGGUUUCCCCCACUCACGCGAGGACAUUCGUAUGGCAAUAUUGUAGCCGGACGCAGCGGUAGAGCUUCGUCUGCCUCAGCUGUACACAAUGUUUCAGAUGCAUCCCAUGAUCAUGUUCCACACAAGAAACCAGAUUUACGGGUUGACACAAGUCGGGAAGAAGAUAAAGAACGAGUGACCGAAGAGGUUAUUGGUCCCUUAGAGGCAUUAAAAUUGGCAACCGGAUCAACUACAGAGCAGCCAGCGUGGGCACAACCGUUCCCAAUGCCCGUAGUCUCUCAACCUGAGAGUGAUGAGCUGAAUUUGUCGAGUACAACAGAACAUUAUUGUCCUUUUGGACUUGGAUUUGAAGGAGGCAUUCAUCGUAGCACUAGUAUACGAGAAACUACGUUAAAUCCAUCAGUAUCUGGUGAUCUAUGGGGAUCUUCGACAUUGUCAGACAGUCAACUGGACCCAUUUUCGUCGGCUUCCUCAAGUGUAUCGGCAGCUGCCACUUCUUCGUCAUCGUUUGCAUCAAUUGAUGCAAUCUUUAGUCAGCGCAAUGAAUCGUCCGAAGCUCUUGCAGGGCUGCUUGGUGUUCAGUUGGCUCCUAUCCCUUUAGCACAUAGCGCUCCUGUAGCAGCGCCACCGAAGGAUGCACAUACUUCACGCUUUUCGUUUGCAAAUGCUACAGAUAUCGGCCAUAAUGGUAUCCAACAGACUAGUGGUCGGUACGAAUUGCUCGAUGGAACGACAGUCAAUACAAGAAGCACAUUUGGAGAUUCAGAGGCUUUGCACGGCAUGACACCGUCGAUUUCGUCAGGAUUUUCUACCGUCGACCGUUCCAAAAAUUUUCCAACCCUUGGAAUUUCGCAACAGAAUGUGCUUCAUGCGCCUCUGCCGCCAACUCCUCCCAUGGAAACGUAUAUAUCAAACUUUAGUCGCAAUGAAAAGCCAUUUGGCAAGACCAACCAUUCGGGCGAGGAAGCUAGUGGACUGGCAUUUCUCCAGCAAAUGCUACCAAAUGUCAACAUAAGCUUUGGAGGGGAAUAUCCGACUUUUUCGAAUCCGGGAUCAAGUGCUGGCACCGGCCGUCGGCUUUUUGAGCGCAGCCAAAGUGCGAGCGGAGCUUUGUCCACACCUGAUACAUGGGAUGGUGGAAGUUUAGGCUCUUUGGGAUUUGAUGGACAGUCGAACAGUCGACGAGCAUCAAGUGGAGCAUUAUUUUACGAUCCAGCUUUACAGUCAUCUGGUAGUUUUUCUAGCAAUUUUCCUGGCUUUGGCUUCAUGAGCUCGAUGACUGCAAACGACAAUGGUAAUGACCGUUUGAGUAUGCACAGCGACUUUGGCAGUGAUUUGUAUCGUCAUUCAAGUUCGUUGGCCUGA